CAGUAAGUAUAGUGAAAGUGAAGGGAGGAAGAGAGUGAACUGAAGAGGAAGAGGACGACCUUUUCCCUUCUCCUAUCGUUAUCAAUCUCCCUUGCUUGUUUCUGAUUAAGAAAUCAGUCCCCAGUUUGUCUUCAACAAGGUUUUGGAACACUAAGAGCAAACAAAGAUCAACACAUACAUACACAGAAAGAGAUCAGAUAGGGUUUUUUCUAUCACAAAGAUAGAAAAUGAUAUUUCUCAUCACUUCUGCAACAGCUUUAUGGAUGCUCUAGAAAUUGAAAUUGAGAUGGUAGUGUUAACUCAAUCGCCUCCAACUCAAAACUUAUCAAAUCAAUCCCUACAAGCCUAAUUCGAUAAGAUUCGAUGUCGACUCAAAAUUUCCACCAAGGAAUCUUCAGUUUCUCAAAUGGGUAUGACAGAUCCGCCAUGACUAAACACAUGGUCAGAGGGCAAGUUUUCGAGCCACUGCUUCCGGUGGUAACGGCACAAGAAGUAUCCGGUGAGCUACCGCUGUAUGAAACCGGUGGUGGGAUGCUGUCUGAAAUGUUUGCCCCAGCCGCCACCGCCAUCUUCGAUAACCAGAUCCAAACCAAUUAUAGAUGGUCACAAAAGCUACAAAACGAGGCGGAGAUGGGUGGUUUAGGAGAACAGAAGCAUUUAAACCAAGAUCAGUUUUCGAACAUCAAUUCACAGUUAGUAAAUUCUUUGCAGCUUCCAACUAUGAACAUGAUGAACACUCGUGUCAAACCAUUUUCUUCACCUUCUUCUCUACAGAUGCUGUUCUCUAACCCAUCAAAUUCUCAUGUUCAAGGCGGCGAGGAGGACUCUCCGGUUCAGUUCACUUGGCUACACGGUAAUACCGGUGACGAUGCUAAUAAUACUAACAAAAUUGGAGGAACUGUGGAGAGUCAUGGGCUUUCUUUGUCGUUGUGUUCUUCGUUGGAAGCGGCAAAAUUUGAGGAAUUAAGGGUGGGAAAUGGUGGAAUUUUCUUUUCUAAUAAUCAAGGAGGUGUUGGGGCUUCUUUGAAUUUUAAUGGAUCGAAGAAUUUGCGAAGCGAGCGACAAUUGUUGGACUUGGAAGGGAUAGUAGAUCGGCAUGGUCAAGUACAUGUUGGGUUUGGAACAUCUUUGGAGAUGGUGAAUGUUUUGAGGAAUUCAAAGUUUGUGAAGGCUGCACAAGAAUUGUUGGAAGAGAUUUGCUGUGUUGGAAGGGGAGAGUUAAGGUUUAAGAAUCAGAGACCUAAGAAGCAUCAUCAUAUAAACCCUAAUUCCAACACAGAUAGACAUAGUGGUUCUUCUUCCAUGAAGGAGCAACCAACUUUGUCAGCUGCUGAUAAGAGUGCGUACCAAAGGAAGAAGGUGAAGCUAUUGUCCAUGCUUGAUGAGGUGGAUGGAAGGUACAGACAUUACUGUGAAAAGAUGCAAACAAUGGUAAACUCAUUUGAUUCAGUGAUGGGUUUUGGAGCUGCACUGACAUACACAGCCAUGGCUCAGAAGGCUAUGUCGCGGCAUUUCAAGUGCAUUAAGAAUGGGAUAGCAAUGCAAUUGAAGCUGACUUGUGAGAUGUUGGGUGAGAAAGAUGUGACCGCCGGUGGGAUGUCUUGUUUGACGAAAGGAGAGACACCGAGGCUUCGGUUGAUUGAGCAAAACUUGAGGCAGCAAAAAUCACUGCAUAUGGGAAUGAUGGAGUUGGAAGCUUGGAGGCCACAAAGAGGCUUGCCUGAGCGUUCUGUUAACAUAUUGAGAGCCUGGCUGUUUGAGCAUUUCCUUCACCCGUACCCAAGCGAUGCAGACAAGCAUUUGUUGUCUCGGCAGACUGGUUUAUCUAAAAAUCAGGUGUCGAACUGGUUCAUUAAUGCGAGGGUUCGGUUGUGGAAGCCCAUGGUUGAGGACAUGUACCAAAAAGAGGCCGAAGAAGACCAAGAAACAGUUGCAAAAGAUGCAGCCAAUUCCGAAGACCACCCAAACACCAACUCUGCACAAACACCGAUGCAUAGUACUGCAACCACCACAACACCACCGCCAUCACCACCACCAAGAAAGGACAGAUCACAGAACACCAUCAAGCAUAGGCACUAUUCCUUGGGAAAUGAAGUAAUGUUCCAAGAUACUGCAACCACCGUCACCGCCACCACCACCAACACCUUUAGCACUUCAUGCCAUGAUGUGAUACCAAGUAUUUAUCACAGUUUUAGUUCAACUCAUGAUUCCACCUUACGUAAUUGGGGUGCUACCAUGGAGGACAUGUGUCGUCAUGAGAGCAUAGUCGAGUUGGGAAACUUUAGUACUGCAGGUGCUAGACUAGGUAGUACUCCGGCAGGUGACGUGUCCCUUACUCUAGGACUUCUACACACAGGAAAUGUACCGGAGAAGAACCAGCACUCGAUUAGAAACUUUGGACCGCUUUGAAACUUCAUUUGAUUUAGCAAACUGAAAAGAAAAAAAAAAAAUGUAUAAGAUAAUGGUAUAUGAUUUUUUUUUUCUUGGUGAGAAAGAGAUGAAUGAAAUAUGGUAUACUCACUGUAACUAGCUAUUAAGUUCAAUUGUGUAAAUUAGGUUAUUUUGCUUGUUUUGUUGUUGUGUGAUUCAGAAAUUGUGAAACAAUAUGAAUAUAUAUAUAUUGAAAUAGAGGCGUGUUUUUGUUUCUA